AUGGCGUCCAACCACGAGGCAACGGAUCCCAACUGCGAAUCGUACAAAAGAGAGGUAAACAGAAACAGAAAAAAUAUAUUAUACGAUGAAAUAGAAGAACUGAUAAUAGAACUAAGACCGAAAAUUGUUUGUCUAACCGAAACACAUGUAACGGAGGAGAUUGAUAUUUCUGAACUAAAAAUAUUAAAUUUUGAGGUAAUAAGAUGUGAUUCCGAAAAUAGAAGGAACGGCGGGAUUUUAACAUAUAUUGACGAAAAUUUGGAAUACAAAAUAAUUACAAUAAAAAACAUAGAACAACGAACUUGGAUCAGCACAAUUCAAUUGAUGGGAUCAUAUAAAGACAUUACAAUAUGUAAUGUAUACCAUUCGCCGAGUAAAAGCACAGGGGCAUUUAUCACGGAUAUAAGACUUAAACAAUAUGUUAAGGGAUAUACUAGAAUUACCGAAACAUCAGCAACGUUAAUUGACUUGGCUUUUUCAAAUUUUAAAAUUGAUGCUCAUAUACUCUCAACUCCAAAAAUUACUGACCAUAGCAUUAUAAAAAUUGACCUGCACGAAAAUGAGAAAAAUGGAGCAAAGAUAACGGAAUUUUACAGAAGAGACUACACUAAUUUUAAAGAACAUGAUUUUAACAACCGGAUAAUCAACAACAUCGAACAAACUUGUAAUGUAAAUAGUAGUGUAGAUGACACAGCGAGUAAUAUAGUGAUAGGGAUUACCGAAUCAAUGAACAUAUUUGCACCGAUUAUAAAAAAGAGAUUACCAAAAAGAUGGCAAAGUAAACCAUGGAUCACAAAUGCAGUGAGAGAAGCAAGUAGACAAAGAGACCAAGCAUAUAAAAGAGCAACGAGCAGUAAAUCAAUCGACGAUUGGACACAAUACAGGACGAUGCGUAAUAAAGUAGUUUUAAUAACAAGACAGUGCAAAAGACAGUUCUACGAAGAAAAUAUUGACUCGGUUAAAGCAGACCCGAAAAGAAUGUGGAAAACGUUGAAAACAGAUAUAGCCAAUAAAUUCAACGAUUUCUUUUUAAACAGUAUAGACGACAUUCUCAAUCAUGGACAAGAUGACGGUGGAUACGACAUUGACACUGAUAUAAACAUAAUGACAGGAUUAAAAAACAAAAAUGGAACAGAAGAGGGGAUUAGCACGGAGAUAUUAAAGAUAGCGUGGAGAAGCAUAGGGAGUAAAAUGCUUAUGCUUGUAAAUAAAUCAAUGCAAGAAGGAGUCUUCCCGGAAACGUGGAAAACAUCGACAGUAGUGCCGAUCCCAAAAGUAACAGGCAGUAAAAAGGCGGAAGAGCACCGGCCCAUAAACAUGCUGCCAAUGAACAAUAUACUAAGGGAUGAACAGUCGGGUUUCCGGGAAGGCUUCUCUUGUGAAACUGCAUUACAAAACGUGAUAAUCGGUUGGAAAAAAAGUACAGAUAAGAACGAAAAGGUCGGAGUAGUAUUCCUAGAUUUUAAGAGAGCAUUCGAAACGGUCGAUCGACAGAGGUUGCUUAUAAAAAUGGAAAAAUAUGGAAUCAAAGGAAUGGUAUUAAAAUGGUUCCAUUCCUAUUUAACCCAUAACAACAUUAUGUCAAAAAAACGGGUGACAAAACAUGGUGUACCGCAAGGCUCGGUGCUCGGUCCAAUCCUUUUUGUGUUGUACAUAAAUGACAUUGUAAAUCAAUUGGAAUAUUGUAAAUGUAAAAUGUUUGCUGACGAUACUGUGAUUUAUGUAAGUGGUAAUGACGAAUGCGAAAUAGAAAGAAAAUUGAAUGACGAUUUAAAAAAUAUAAGUCGGUGGUUGUACAAAAAUGGGUUAAGAUUAAACACAAACAAAACUAAAUUCAUGAUAAUACACGACUAUCGAAAGCCUCAUAGAAUUAAUAACUGUGAUAUAAAGGAGAAUGUGAAAGAGAAGAUGUUUAUAUUAAGGGGAGGUAGAAUUGAAUCAGAUGAACGUAACUAUAGAUUGGAUAUUUUAAAAAUUCACAAACUCAGGGAAUACCAAAAACCUCGCAAUAUAACGGCUAAAUCAUCGUGUGAACACUACGCAGGCUCACCGCGCAUCGUUAUGAGGGACUCUAACAAGGGAUUUCGCGACAAGAAUGAUUAUCUAAUUCGUAAAGAGCGCCAGGACAAGGUAUUUGCGACACCAACCAGGGAGAUAGACGACGAAUUCGAGAGUGUGGAACCGGCCGUAAAGAGAGACCUCAACGGAGGAUACACCGCGAGCGAAGGGUCUCACACGAGGCUACGGAGGGAGCGCCAACGCCGAGCUCUGCCGCGAGGGAAACCAAGGCGGACGAGAUUCCCGCUGUUGGCCAGCGAACCGUAG